UAAGGACAUUAACCAAGUAGUUGAGGUUCUGGAGAAAAGUAGUCAUCCUUUUAUUCUUCUUUCAUGUAAUGAGGAAAUUCAGCAUUUACAGGGUAAGGAGACUUCAGGAAUGGUUUUGGGAAUCCAGAAAGAACUAGAGAGUAGAGGAUACAAAGGAUUGUUGGUAGCAACUGCUCUUAAUCAUGAUAUGGCGGUUCAGGCCAUUUGGACAAUCCUAAACACGAAUAAAGAACACUUUGUACCACUGGUGAGGCAGGAAACUAAACGUAUGAUACUUGGAGCCCUGGAUCCUGAAAAACAAAAGAGAACUCUGGUUUUAUCUGGAGUAUGCGAGGAUAGAGCUGAUAGUGUGAUGUUGAUGCUAGAAUCAGGAUCCAUUAGAGGAGUUGGACUCAGAGCUCUGGAGGAAACAGACUCCAAGGUGGUUGCCAUUAGAAAUCUACAGGUUGAUGCUGAUCUUUGUGAGAUCUGAGGACGGAGAUAAAAAUACUUGAAAUACGAAGAAAAGAAUUAUAUAUGUUUUUCUACAUUUAUUAACUUAAAUUAUUAA